CUCGUCAGGGCACCUUCUCCGUAUUUCCGAGGGGAGUCUGAUGAACUGAACCGGCGAGACACACCAACAGCUGCUGCACUACCACAGUCAAUCCGACCAGACCGCAACGCGCCAACGCCACGAUGACAAGCCCACUUCCAACAACCAAGACCCAGCCCACUAAACUGCGCGACAGCUGCAAUUCCUGCGCCGUCUCCAAACUCAAGUGUAGCAAGGACAAGCCCGUGUGUGCGCGCUGUGCGAAGCGUGACCUGCGUUGCGAGUACUUCGCCACCAGGCGAGCCGGCCGGAAACAGGAAUCACGGCAAAGCCCGCAGGACAACAAUAACAACAACAACAACAACCACAACAACAGCAGCAGCACCAGCAGCAACAGCAAGAAUACCAACAAGGAGGACGACAGCAGCGACGCACGCAGCAGUGUCCACGUCGCCAUCUCAGCGACGUCAGACGCCACCAACCGCUUCACGCCGUCAUGUGAUGUCGCGGAUGUGCACAUGACCGAAGACAUGACCUAUCCGUCCCCCUCACAUCCGCUGUCUGCAGAGGCUCCUGCUCUGCUGACCGGCAGCGAUUCGGCCCCGUGGCGGCUGCUGUCCGCGACAAUACCAGGUUCCAACGACCUCUUUGCCUCUUUUCCACUGUCCGACGUUCCAGAUCAGCUUUUCAAUCCGGCCGUGGGCGAUGGGCACAAGAGUAUGUUCAACCGAGAGGAUGGCGGGUUUGAUUUUGGGAAUUUCACGGGUUUCCCGGCGCUGGGAGAUGACAGGACUCUGGUUUGGAAUGAGGUAGAGUUCGACGCCGUCGACCAAUUCAGCCUGUCGACCGCAUGGGACUCGCCAUCCUCGCCAUCACUAUCGUCUCUGUCCUCGCAGCCGUCUUCCACCUCGUCUCUGACCGCCCUGCCUACCGUCCUCAGCGCGACAUCCACCAUCACGCAACGCACUUCUCCAGCAAGCAACAGCCCUCCAGCCAGCCAUAAUUUUGCAGCAGCACCACCAGCGGCAGUUGCAGCAGCAUCCACUGGCGCUGGCUGCUGUCUCGUCCGCGCCCUGAAACUCCUCACGGAUCUCUUCCCGAGUUCAGCCGCCUCCUGUCCUUGCCAACUUUCAUCGUCCUCCUCAUCCGGAGCGGCCGAAUCUCACCUCGCCACCAAACCAAACCCCACUGGUAACAACAACAACCACCAUCACCACAACACAUCACAAGACAGUGCGCCGACGAUACAGCGCGUCGUGACCAGAAACAAACAGACACUGGAGGCGGUCCAGGCCAUGCUGGCGUGCCCCUGCUCCGGCCCGGACAACAGCUACCUCCUGGCCGUCAUCUCGCUCGUCGUGCUCAAGGUGCUCGGCUGGUACAAGGCCACGGUCAAGGAUCUGCCUUUGGCCACCGCCGCCGCCGCCGCAACAGCAGCAGAUGACACGCCCUCGUCCAUGUGGCAGCAGCAGCAGCAGCAGCAGCAUCAAGCGCAGGACGAACCUGGAAACCGUGAUUGCAGCAGCAGCAGCAGCAAAACACAUCCAGCAGCAGCGUGUCACGCCGAGCGCGUGCGGGUGGUGUUGGAGACGCAGACGCAGACGGUAAUCGACGGGUACCGGCUGGACGGAGACGAGCGGGCGCGGAUGACGGCGCAGCUGGUGCUGAGCGAGCUGCACCGCGUGCAGCGGCUGGUCAACCUGCUGGGGAGUCGGCUCCAGCAGGAUGCGGGGAAUGCAGGGAGCAGCAGCAGCAGCGGCGGCGGCGGCGGUGGCGGUUGGCGGUUUGCCGCGCCGUCCUUCUUCUCGCCCGCGUGGUUUGGCCAGCUGGAGACGGAUCUCAGAAAGCGGGUCAAAGAACUGUCGUUGGAGAUUGUAGACAUGUUGAGACAAUGACGAGUGCCACCUCCAUCCCUGCGGCGCUUUUUAUUUUCUCUUUUCUCUUCCUUUCUUUUUUUUUUUU